ACCUAGCGCGCUGCCUACUCCGACAACAUUUGUAGGUAUUUCAGCUGCUGAGUCGGAAUGUCUUCAAACGCUGUCUCGCUUCCUUCAAGAAAGAGCAAGUACACUAAAGCCUUAGCCAACGCCCCGCACACUCCUCUCGCGCUCGCUCCAGCUCUGCUGCGCUACAGUCCGACACGCUCAGGAAGACGCUGCGCCAAAGUCGACGGAAUAACUCAAUAACUGCGCUUUCUUUUUCUCGUCCCGGUGUGUUUUAACAGAUUAGUGUUCGUGUGAGUUUGCUGAUACGGGCUCUAGGCUUCAUAAGAAGGCGUUAUUUCAUAGGAAAACGUUACAGAAUGGCAGAAACCGAGGGAAGUCCGUUUGGAGGCUGUUUGGAGAAACUCAAGAGCUACGUGCGAACUCGGAAAGGAACUAUCCUGACCGCUGAAAUACUCCUCAGUUUCAUCAUCCUUAUCUGUUACGCCGCGUCAAUGUAUGGCGGGUAUUCAGCGGUGGCCAUCUGUGAGAUGGUCUUUGCCAUCAUCUUCUUCAUUGUCUUCAUGAUGGAGCUGGACAAACAGUUCCUGGUGGUGAACUGGCUCUGGAGCGAUCUCUUCCGCGCUGUAAUCGGUGCAGCACUUUAUCUCAUUACCUCUCUCAUCUGUGUGAUCGGCGGAUCUGGGGACGGGGCUCGCAUCGCUGGUGGGGUGUUCGGUCUGGUGGCUGGGAUCUUGUUUGCUUAUGAUUGCUACACAAUCUUCUUGGACAUCAAGAGCGGCAGACAGCAUACAGCUGCUCCCACAGAUGACACAGUUUGAAUCUACCUUCCUCACUACAACAUUAACAGCCACCAAAACAUGGAGGACAAGUCUAGAAACGGCAAAAGGAAUGAAUUCCUGAGAGUUAUCGCAAAGUUACCAUGAGAGAUGAAGACCAGAGGAAUGCAAAAGGGACAAAACUUUACACAACACAAGAGGUUUAUGUAUAAAGGGAUUUAAAAGUGAGAUUAAAGAAACACCAUAUAUGAAGGAACAGAAAGCUGUUGGCAUCCAAGGAUCCAUUACCGUCGUCUUGGUCAGGCGGCUUUUGUUACCACAAUUUAUUUGUUGGCUUUGGUGGUUACAAAAGCACUAUCACAACAUUUAAUAAGAGAUAGGGCUAAUAAAAUCGUCAGAUAAAACAAAGUUCAAAGUCAGUCCGUCUUCCCAUUCUUUACUAGACAAAGACACAUUUUGACCAAGUGAUUUUAAACAAAGUGAUUAUUAAUAAGUUGUGUUGGAAACUUGAUUUAAUUCAGUCUGGUGCUGUUUUUUUAUGAUGAAGCAUGAAGGUUGCAUAGGUUUGUUAUGGGGUAAAAUUUCAGUGUAAUUCGUAACUGAAGCUAAAUUCUAAUAACUAUUGAUCGUUCUUGUGUUUUGUGCUUUAAAAAAGUUCGUUGUAUAAGGUUAAUCAAACAGGAUUUGAGUCGGAUAUAUCCAACUCAGGUGCGGUCAAGAAAAAGUCACACAUUUAAAGGGAUUUUCUCUUUCUUUAAACUGAAAAGGAAUGAAUCUCAACCCUAAUAUAUUCCAUGGUGGCACAGAUUUGUACAGUAAAAAGUUUUAAUGUCCAUGUGUUUGGUACAAUAUGUUCAUUUUCAUUCAUUGCCAUUAAACCUGUUACCUCAAGAGUUGCUCAAUAUCUUGAUGCCAUAAGUAUUUUUUGUUAUGAUUCUAAUAAUAAACUGAUCACAUAUAUUAAUAUAUCUUCAUUUACAGCCUCUAUAGUUCAACCCUACUGAGGAAUGUAGAGUAAGAAAUACUAAAAUAGCACUCGCAGUUUGUCAGCAUUCAUGAUUUCCCAAGAAAAUAUUAUGAAUAAAUAUCUGUUCGCU